AUGGCGUUAGUCGAGCCAUUAGUGGGCUACUUGCUUUCCAAGUAUGCGGCCACUGUCACGGAGGGUCUCGAGAAGAUUCGCCAUCACGCGAAGACCGACGGGACAUUUGCAUCCGCCUUUCUGCUUCAUCCGCAGGGGCUCUUGGCGCUUCAGGAAUUGAUGCAGAAACGGGAGUUAUGUGCUCUGGCGCUACAGACUGUGACACAGCUAGUGGAAUCGUCUGAUAACGCGGGUGUGCGUUCAGGUGCCUUGCGAGAGAUGUGUCGUGGCAAGUCGCUCUGGGUGCUGCGAAAAGGACUUGCGUCUCUCUCCGAUGCGAUGCUGCCUGUGACGAUGGCCGCACUGCAGUUUCUUGUGGUUGUUGCAGGCAGCCUCCCCAAGUUGGUUCUCUCCCGGUUUGGGAACACGGUGCCGCUUCACCUCUCGUGCUUCUCUCUUCAGCUGCCGUAUUCGCAGCGACGCGUUAGAGUGGCACGGGCGCAGUUUCUUAUAAGCCUUGUUGCCUCCCCGCACGCGAACACCGUGGAGAUUGUGGUCUGCGCGCACGGGUACCUCACCCACCUUCUGGAGGAUGCCGCGGAGCUGCUGCAGGAGGGCACUGAAAAGGGCCUCGACAUCGCUCGUGCGGCCCUUCGUGUAUUUGGUGAGCAUUUUGUGGAGGGAAAUAUUUCGGCGACGCGAAAGCGAUCGGUUCUUCUGGCGCAGAAGAACAUCAUCCGUCUGCUUGUGAAGGCUCUUGAUCAUGCGCUGGUGUCGGAAUACGCGUACGGCAUUUUAUGCCGAAUUGUGGUGGAGCUGCUGGAAUCCCCGUGCGACUAUCAAGUGAUGCGGCUUGAGGCGGAGGACAGGGGGAUGCCGAACUACCUGCUUUUUUUCAUCCUGCGGCAGUUGCGGCCAAAGAGCUCUCCGGCAUCGGCACGCCUGGCAAUAUUUAUACUGCACCAGGCACCGGACUUGAUCCGACCCUUUUUUACACGUGUCUCCAGUCAUCUUGGAGAAGAGGGCGGCACGAGCCGUAUUUCCUCCACCACCGCCACGGUGGCUACGUUGAACCUCAUGACUCGCGCCAUGCUCACGCCGAUUCCGUACCAUUUGGCUGCUGGCAAAGCAAGGCUAGUGCCAGUGGAGGCGAGUGCGACGAAGUUCUUCUCAAUGAGUUCAGAACACGUGGCUGAUGAAAUAUGUCCCUCAUGGGUGGCGGAGUACGUGCAUCGUCUCAUCAAUGGGUCCAGUGACUUGUUAUUGCUUUUGUUUUCCAUUCAGUUAACAUGCGCCAUCCUUACACGGGCCAAAGCCAUUCAACGCCUCGUGGCGAAGCUGCAGGAUGUUCAAUCGAACGAUGAAAAGAAUAAAGGUAACCUUCAAGAGUGGGAAACAUUUGAUGCCAAAUUGCAAUCUGCCUUGCUGAAGGCUAUUCCUCGUCAGGAAGAGUUUUGGCAUCGAAUGACGCAACAGCUUCAUCCCAUGAUGAUUUCCUCGUCCAACGCAAAUGGAAACACCACGCGAGGACCUGAGGAGAAGACUUUCUUUUUGUCCCAACGCAUGUUCCUUCUUAUGGAAUUAUACGGGGAGGUGUUUCAGCUGCGCAUAUCAUGGCUGAGUGCGGUUCCGUCAUUUAUUCCAACGUUUUGUGCGUGUGCCAAUCCUAUUGAGGAUGCCUUGCGUCGUGGUGAAGGUGCGGUCACAACUUGGCCAGCAGUAAGCGUCUCCGCUCUCUGUUCGCUCCUCGUAUCCGCACUUUCGCAAGGCGUCUCGAUGACAAAGCUGCACCACGUCACAAUGAGUGGUGCAAAAAAGGGGGUGUUGGAGUGGCCUCUCUUGUUGAGUGUGAUGCUGUGGGCUGUAAAGCACCGCAGUCCAUGUGACGAGGAGGGUCAAUUGGCAUGGGCGUGGGUAGCGCGAUUGAUGCAGUGGACUGUGCACGGUGUGACUGUGAGUUUUGUGUGCGAAUUGGAGGAGGCGUUCUUGUGGCUUGCGGCGAUGGACGAGUCAACGAUUCCGUGUUUUGUGCAUCUCAUUAAUUAUUUACUGCAGCGAAGCCUGUCAAAGGCCGCGGAUCGCAUUGCGCACGAGCUGAUGCUGGGAGAUGCUGGCAUCAUCGUUUGCGCCGCCCGGACCUUUGUGGCCAAAGCCGAUGAGAAAUCCGCGUCGAAUGGCGGCAGUGCUGUGGGAAUGAAGGAUAACACCAAUAACAAAAGCAACAGCGAAAGCACUGUGGUGGUGCGGAGGGGAAAUGACGGAAGGCAGCAGCAGCAGCAGCAGAAGGGGAAUAAGAGGUCAUGGCAUGAAUGUAACAACAAGAGGGAUGAUAGGGAGCAGACGGGCGCUGCCACAGGCGGUGGGAAUGAUUUCUGGACAGUCGACCUGCAGGAGCACGUAGCGGCGUUUAAAAAAGUCACGGAGCGGGUCGCGUGUGAGUGGUCGGAUCGCGGCGAACGCAUGAGGGAAACACUACCAAUUGUCUUCAAGAACGCACGCAACGAUGAGUCCGGCAAGCGGCGCAUCGCACUGACGAUGCUGCAGGCCGAAAAGGAUCAUUGCUCCCUGCGACCUAUUCACGAUCAACUUCUCGAGUUCUGCCGAACACUGCGGCCGCCGAUGCCAGCGACAGAUGUCGAAGAGGAGGAAAUGACGCUGCUUACCAUCGCCCGCACUGGUGACGUUCAUGCACUUCGACGGCACUUUGGCGAGGACAAAAUGUCCCCUCCUCCGUCCGUUUGGUGCUCAUCCACCUCGCUGGGGUGGGAAUUGGCGGGGCUUUUCUUACGAUGCCUCCAUGAACUCAGCGGAGAAAAUAUCAGCGAACCGGAAGGUGCGAGCGAGGCUUAUUGCAGUGUUCUUGACUGUAGCCAGUACCUCUUGAAAAACAUUGCGAAUGAUGCAACAGAUGUCACGCGUGUUUUACUCGAUCGUUCCUUUCAUGAAGGUAAAAUUGCGGGAUUUUUUCUCCUUCUUCUGGCAGCCACGCGGUUGCUGCUGCAUGGGCAUGCUAAGCGUGCAGUUAUUGGGUCCGCAUUGCAAGUUCACCUGGAGAAUGAAACAUUUGAGGCCAUUUCACGUCUUCUCUUGCGCACAUACUCGGGAACGGUUUCGACGAUAGAUCGCAUACGGUACACCACGCUGCUUACUCUUUGUUACCUGCAACAGGCACAGCGGGGUGCUGUGACACAUCCUUAUGGUGACAAUACGGGGGAAAUGCGGCUUGCUAUGGAAGGCGAAGAUGAUGCGGAGAAGGAGGAUCACGACGAAUCGUUGGUUGAAUUGCAAACGGCGACAAGUUUACGUGUUUUUAGUGGCAUUCUGGUGCCGCAGCAAAUGCUGGACCAACGGUUUCUCAUCAUGGAUCACCAAAGCACCCCUCAUGUUGCACCCGAGGUCGAUAUGUUGUCUCUUCUUGUGGACAUGUGGACAGACGAGGAAGUGGUUACGGCGGCGUUGCAGUGCCCCGCACGUCUACACAACACAAUCUUGGUGAAUGCAAAGGUGGACGCGGGUUGGGAAGUUCUUCGAAGCCUCUUUCCAGAAUUCUCGGUGCAGGAUGACAUCAUGUUGGCGUCGUUUGAUGCACUCACCGCGACAACUGUCAUGGAUCCACGUUAUUUACUGCCGCUUCUCCACACCGUGCUCUCAUUGCCAGUAGAACAACUCCCGCGAAAAAACAUUGGAACUAAAUGCAUUCCAUUUCUUUUGCGGUCAUUGUCCUUUACGGACCCACAGCUCAGACGCUUGGGCGCGGCGGCAUUGUCUGCCGUAUGGACACCAAGCGGCCCCACACGCAUUGUUGUUGGUUUUGCUCGAUUAAAACUGACACAGCUGGCCAGCAAGAAGGGGCGGGCCAAAUAUCCGCAAGGAAAAGAAGGGGAAGUCACAUGGAACUGUCCACGACUCCCUGCCCCCAUCUCUGCCUUUUUAGUGAUGGUGCUCCAUCCCCUCUCCAAUGCGGAUUAUCCAUUGCACAACGAUAUUAUGCGAUUUUUGCUUGAGACACAAGAGGCCUUUUCAAAUCCAGUUCCACUUCAUCACUUCUUGACGUCGUUCCCCCUCGCGUGCAUCACAACGCCUCUGAUGAUUAAACGUCAGGAAAAAACUCAGAACAGGACAAGCGGGCAUGUUGCCGUUGCUUUUGCGGAGGUAGCACGGGAACUGCAAUCGGAAGCGCCCACUCAUUUAAACUUCAUUCUUCGUUUGAUCCAGUUUGGGUGUCAGACAAAUGGGGAUAUGAUGGCACUCCUUGGAUCGGAGUCUCUGCAGGCGAUGAUGGUGAUUGUCUCUAUGGUGGCUGCUUCCGCAGAAAUCCGCCUGGAGUUCCUGCAAUGUAUUCAUUUUGCCUGCACCACCUCCUCCGCUGUGGCAAAGCAGGCAAUGGAAAAAGGUCAUGUGUUGUCCUGGCUUUUUGGCUUUGCGUUUCAGCUGAUACGCGAGUACGGUGAGUGUGUGUACAUGUACGGUGAGCCGCUCUUUAUGGAGGUGAUUACGUUGCUGCGGAAACUCUCGCCACUCUCUCUUGUCUCGCCACUUCACGCCCAGCAGGUGCAGCAGCAGCUUGAGCUCAUUCGUGACGGAUUGCUUGCGAACCACGUGACGACAAAAGACGUGCUGGAUGGGGUGGAAGACAUCCUGAAGGGAAUGAGCAGCAGAGGAGGGGCGUCUGCAGGGACGGCACCGAUGAGAAAAAGGCGGACUUUGCAUAACAAUGCGCGUCCAACGCCAAGAACAAAGCAAAGGUGA